AUGAAUUCCUACUUCAUCUUUCUACCUGCCCUUCUUCUUGUUGUUCGAAGGUCAUCAGCAAGCUAUGGAAUAGAGGAGCCUACUAUAGCUGUAGAGCCCGCACAUGUCAACGCUCCUUUGUUACAUGCUCAUGUCGCUCCGGUAGCUCCAAUAGUUUCCGUCGCCCCAGUAGCUCCAGUAGUCGCAUCACUUCCUGCUGUUCCUGUGGCACCUACUUUGGACUAUGCAUACGGUUACAACCACCCUUACUCUGAAGCUCAUAAUGUAGCUAAAUCUUACGCCAAAGAAACGGGUCAUGUCUUAGAAACAGCCAUGGUUUCUGGACACGGACAUCCGCAUGGCUUGGAAAUGCAUGCUCCUCAUCUUGCAAACUUCUUUAGCCUUGUAGGACCAUGGCGACCACAAGAGCCCACUGUUGAUGUGGAUCCAGAACACAUUCACCUUCCCGUAGCACACACACGCUCACCUUGCUCCCCUCCAGCAGUUCCUGUUUCUCCAGUUGCACCUGUGGCAUCUGCUGUUGCUCUCCCAGAAGAUCCUGCGCUGGACUACUCAUUAUGUCGACACGGAUCACGUUUGAGGUAG